GCUCGUUGGGCGCUGAAGGCAUCCCCGGGACCCGGAGCGCAGACCGGGAAAGAAACGCACAGUGGUAUUGAUGUGUAGAUCCUUGGGUUCAGCGGUUGGCUGAAACACACCAUGCCUGCUUCCAUCCUUUGCUCCGGAAAGUUGUGAAUUGCUCAUGCCUAUAGGGAGGAAGGAUGGCUCAUGGGAUUCCUUCUCAAGGCAAAGUUACCAUAACGGUGGAUGAGUACAGCUCAAACCCCACCCAGGCAUUCACACACUACAACAUCAACCAGAGCAGAUUCCAGCCGCCACAUGUACAUAUGGUCGACCCCAUCCCAUAUGACACUCCAAAACCAGCGGGCCACACGCGGUUUGUCUGCAUCUCAGACACACACUCCAGAACAGAUGGUAUCCAGAUGCCUUAUGGGGACAUCCUUCUCCACACAGGCGAUUUCACCGAGCUGGGACUGCCCUCAGAGGUUAAGAAGUUUAAUGACUGGUUAGGAAACCUGCCAUAUGAAUAUAAAAUAGUGAUUGCUGGGAAUCAUGAACUGACAUUUGAUAAAGAAUUCAUGGCAGACCUUGUUAAACAGGACUACUACCGUUUCCCCUCUGUGUCCAAAUUGAAACCAGAGGACUUUGACAACGUUCAGUCCCUCCUGACAAACAGUAUUUACUUACAAGACUCGGAGGUAACAGUGAAGGGAUUCAGGAUAUACGGGGCACCUUGGACCCCGUGGUUUAAUGGAUGGGGCUUUAACCUGCCCAGAGGUCAGUCUCUGCUGGACAAGUGGAACCUCAUCCCUGAGGGCAUCGACAUACUCAUGACACACGGACCUCCUCUAGGUUUUCGAGACUGGGUUCCAAAGGAGCUUCAAAGAGUCGGCUGUGUGGAGCUUUUAAACACAGUCCAGAGGCGAGUCCGGCCCAAGCUCCAUGUAUUUGGUGGAAUCCAUGAAGGUUACGGCAUUAUGACCGACGGUUAUACAACGUACAUCAAUGCCUCAACGUGUACAGUCAGCUUUCAACCGACCAACCCUCCAAUUAUAUUUGACCUUCCAAACCCACAGGGUUCCUGAAGCUCUAAAAAGCCCAAUUGGAAUGUGAGGGAAGGUCUAUAAACUGUCAUUUUUCUAAUUAUAAACUUACAUUCUCUUACUUGUUUAUUUCCAAAUCCUGUGAGUUCUUUUUGUAAAUUACUGGAACACAAAUGACUCUAGAGGUUGUGCUUCUUUAUUUUUUUUUAAAUGGGGCGUCCAUUCGAAAUGAAAGGAGCAUUGUGAAUUUGUAAAAUGACUUCCGUUUUCUCAAAGGCCACGCCAUUGUAAAUUGUUAGUAUUCGCCAAAGGACAGCCAAGCUUUCUUUUUAAAAGGUGAUGAAAGUCUUAUUUUAAUAUGCUUUAAGC